AUGUGGGAAUAUGCAGUUGUUGGAACUUGCUUUUUGAUAUUAAUUGUCAUUAAAUUUUUUUUAUUUAAGGUAAGUGAUAAUGAUAUUAGUCUAGGUGUCUUAUGAUAAGAAAAUGAAGUAUUAUAAUGAUCCUGAUGAAAUGGCUAUUGAAUUUUAUUCAAAUAUGUAAAAAUAGAAUACAAUAGAAUAAAUUACAUAAACCCUAAAUAAUAUUCACUUAUUAGCUUAGAGGAAUGUAUAAAUUAUAGUAGAUUAAUGUAAUAUUAUCGGCAAAACAAAUAGUUUAAUUGGGUUAGACUGAUAAUACUUUGACAAUAAUUUCAGAGAGAUUAAGAAAUACAUCAAUAAUAAUAGCACUUAUGAAACAUAAAUAUCCAAAAGAGCUACCAUAAAAAUUCAAACUUCUUGGAUAAACAUUAUAUGAUGUAAAUUUUAUUUCUAAUUAGAAUUUUACUAUUUUUAAAAAGUUGAUUUCAUGGUGUGAAUAAAAUUAAGAUAAAUUGAAAAAAACAAAAGGAAAGAAAUAAACUUAAUUGGAUAUUCAUCUAAUUAAUACAAUAAGAGCUUAUUCAGAAUACAUUAACAAUGAACUUGGAAGUUACUUUAAACCAAAGUGA